CCCUGCACCGUCUGUGCUAGAAGCCUGUCUCGGGAGAACCGGACUGGCCACAUGCAGGUUGGGGAGCAGAUGGUGCAGAGAAAGGGCUUCUCCCGGCAUAAAUGCCACACCUUGACGAGGAACCAGCCACAGAGCCUCAGGUCUGCCACCCCGCUCAGAAGGUACAAGAGGCAGAUGCUGAGGGUAGGCUUUGUGUGAGGGCCCCACCCGGGUGAGGCAGGGCCAGAGCGGCUGGGGGGCCUGGACCCUCCUUCAGCCCUUAGUGUACAGAGCCCCCAGGCGAUGGAGAAGGGGCGUGUGCUGGAGGUUCCACAGUGUUCACCAAGGGAAUAUUCUAGACCAUCUCUGAGCACGGUCCUCGCCCAUGGCUCUGUGCCCCCUGAGGCCAGGUGGGGGGUGAGCCCAGGCCCCUAGAAGGAGGCAGCUGCCCCUUGGGGUGAUGCAGGGGCACAGAGGGGGUUGAACUGCAAGGCCACUCCUGGGCCUGGGGGCUGCAGAGCCCAUCAGGACGGCAGCCUGGACAGGACCAUCUAGUAGCUUCUGUCCCUCAGGCCUGAGCUGGAGGUGUGGCUCAUCAUGGGCACAGAGCUGUCCCCAGCCCUGGGUGAAGCAGCCUGGGAAGAAGGUGGGGGUGUGUGGGGUCCCAGGUGCAACGGGCAUGGAGCUGUGGGCCAGUUCGUGGAGUGGGGGGCCCUUCCCUCCCUGAUGAAUAGUCUGGCUUCUGGUGUCUUGAGUGGCAUCCAGCGGGGGGCAGCGCCGAGCCACCCCUGGAGUGAUGGGUGUGUGGGGUGGGUGGUGAGUCACCGGAGAGGAACGUGGACCCCCAGGGAAGGCCCGGAAGGCUGGUCCCCCCUGGGUGCCAAGGCCGAGGCAGCCGGAAGGGCAGCGGACAUCCUGAAGAAUGUGGAGGGGCUUCCACAUAUUGUCGUCCACGUGGGAACCCGCGGCCUGCGGGAAGCGGAUGGCCUGAGGCUACUGGGGGGACAGAGUCGUCUGGGAGGGGGCCCUGCCUGUCAGCCAGCAGGGGCUCCUCAGAGCACACAGAGGCCUCGGGGGCCAGAGAUCAGGAGGGCAAGAGGCUCAGACUCCCAGCCCACCCGAGUUACAGCAGGCUACGACCUCAUGGACUCAAGGACUCAGCCAGGACCGAAACCCUCCUGUGGGACCCUGGUGGUGCAGGUGGCUGGGCCUUGCUGUGGGUGUCCUGAGGCUGAGCUGACGGGCGGGACACCUGUGGGCCCCGUGGGUCCCCCCACUCCUGUGCUGGGCCCUGGUGUGGGAGACAGCCUCGUGAGGCCCCCCACAUUCAUUGCCGCUCCGAGGGCUGCUCGCCUGUGUCCACUCUCUGGACUGUGGGUUCAAGAGUGUCCCAUGGCCCCACCUUCCCCUGAGAAUGUUGGCCGGCCGCGAAGGCAGGGGCGAGGAGACCUGAGGGGCAGCCCGAGGGUCAGGAGCAGGCCCCAGCACACAAGGGUGGCGAAGGAGCAGGGUCAGGCAAUGUUCUAGAAGGACAGGGCUGGUCUCGGGUCUGGGGGGCAGGGCCGCUGGGCUGGGCUGUGGACA